GGUGCUGUGAGUAAACCAGUUAACAUAAAGAUUCAUAUGUAUGUUGACGAAAGGCUAAUGCCACCAUCUACUAAAGCCAAUGAUGGAUACAUUCUAAGUCCUCUCUAUGUCUUUGAACCUCAUGGAUUAACAUUUUCCAAACACAUGCAAGUGCAUUGUCUUCCUCCAGUUGAUUCUAAAGGAUGGCAUUUGUCACUGAUGAGAGCAAUGUGUGAUACUUCCACUUUAUCUCAAUUGUGGGAGCCACAAGCCAUAGUAACAUAUAAUUCUGAUUUGGACGAAGUGAAUGUGGAGGACGCAGACUGUAGGUGUGACCUUACUAGUGGGACUUUGAGUGUAAAACACUUCUGUUGGCAUCGGUGGGUUGGAAUGCCUGUUGAUGUGUUUCUGGCUACAAAAACUAUGAUGUUUUCUGUGUUUGGUUACGGGCACAGUCCUUCAUCAAAUAUUUGGAAUCUCACUAUCCAUUGCCAUGAUAAUUGUCACGAGGUUAUUGAGAAAAUGGAACGCGAUGAGAGUAGUCUAUCUCCAAGUCGUUCUUACUUGUGUCUAAAUAAAGAAAUGAAAAUGAAGUUUGAAAACAAUAUUGAAUUUAAUAUUACACAUGGUGAUUGGAAAGCUACUUCACAGCUACCGGUAGUAGCUGCUGCUCAGUUUUGGCACAAAUGGAUAGGCUUGGACGUUACUGUGGAGUUUGAGCAUGGUGAUGAGCAUCGUACAAACGAGUGUAUUGCAGAUAUUAGCCAGGGUGAUCAAUCGGUUGCACUGGUAAUGUAUCCUCGUCUUGUUUGGGACAGUCCAGAAAACAGAGAGGUGAAUGUAUGAAGUAUUAUGUCACAGUCACUGGAAACACAGGCAACUUGCAAAUGUACAUGCACCUAAUAACAUAGUGAUUGUAGCUGAGAAAGUUGGUCAUCGUUGGAAAAGGCUUGUGCUGAUAUUAACAGCCGAGUUUUUUAUGAACAAAACGAGGUCGAUAGAAAUGGAAAACAGAGAUGACUGUUUCAUGCAAGUUGUAACAGAAUUGAAUAUGUGGACUGAUCAAUUUGGUAACACAGCCAACCAUGCAACAAUGAUCAGGGCAAUGUGUGCCAUUGGUUGCAGGUCUCUGGCUGAAGAUGUUUUCAGUUGCAGAUUGGUAGAGCUUGUCUGCCAACAUUAAUGAUUGUUUUUGUGUGGACUAAAUAUGUAGCAAGCAACAAGAAGACUAUUUUGUUAUGACAAUGUACAGAUAGAAAUCAACUCUAUGACAAUACGUUUACAUCUUGAUGUAUACGAAGCACAAAAAUAUGACUUCUAACUAGACAAUUUGUAAUUGUAAAAUUUCUGUUGAAGGAAUAAACUGAAAUGUUAAG